GUUGUGUUAUCAUUUUCAGCCGACUCAUUUACUACUGUGCUCAGGCUGGAUUGUUUUUUUCUCAAUUUUCACGGAUUUUUAUCAAAUAUUUGAAGAAAUUCACCUGAAAUUAAAGGAAUUUAAUCCCUAAAAAUUCGACGUAAACAAGCAACCGCGUGCAUAUCAUGCCUGCUGAAAAGAUAAAACAGCUCGUCGUGGACACCUCUGCCUUCAUCAAGAACGAGCAACUCCAGAAUGUCGCUGAAAACAUGUUUACCGUGCAAGGCGUCAUGGACGAGAUCAAAAAUGACAAGCAACUCUCACGAUUGGCAGUUCUUCCAUACAAUUUAAAGGUUCGCGAGCCAUUUCCCGAAAAUUUGAAAUUUGUUCAGGAAUUCGCGAAGAAAACUGGUGACUAUGCGACACUUUCACUCACGGAUUUAACCGUCAUGGCCUUGACCUACGAACUGGAGAAGCAGGAAAAUGGCACGGAUCACCUGCGAACGGAACCAAUUAUGGCAAAAACAGUUUUUUCCAGCUCGAAACCGAAUCCCGAAGGUUACGAAAGCAAAUUUACGCUGCCAGGCUUUUACGUGGCGAAAGAUGAUGGCAACGAGGGCGAGAAAAGUGACGAGCCGGAGAAGGAAAUGACGGAAGAGGAGCUUGCGGAGCGAAUUGCGCAACUUUCGUGCGAGCCAGAAGGGAAUGAGGAGUCACUUUUGGUGAAAGUCGAGGAGGAAAAGGAAGAAAAUGAGGAUGAGGGAGUCGAAGAUGAUGUAGAAGAGGAAGAAAAUGAAGAGGAAGAAGAAGAAGAUGACGACGAAGAAGGUUGGAUCACACCGUCAAACAUUCGUUCGUUGAAGACAAACUUCGGGCCACAGACUUACAGUGAAGCAGUUCCAAAUGUCGCUUGCAUGACUUCAGAUUUUGCGAUGCAAAAUGUCCUCAAACAGAUUGGAUUGAAAGUUGCGGCACUCGAUGGACGGGUGAUCAAACACACAAGAACGUUUAUUUUGAGAUGUUACACUUGUUUCACCACAACUUCGGAUGUCACAAAGAUCUUUUGUCGUCGUUGCGGCAAUAAAACGCUGAAACGGGUGUCAGUGAGCAUAGAUGCCAAUGGCAAACAAGUGAUUCACAUCAACACCCGCAAACCCCUCACAGCAAAAUUCAAGAAUCAAACCAUCCCGCCGCCAAAAGGAGGCAAACACGCAUGCAAUCCAAUUCUCUUCGAAGAUCAACCGUUACCUCAACAACGAUUGUCCAAAAAGGCACUCAUGAAGACAAAUGCCUUAGAUGACGACUACAUUGCCGGUUACUCGCCCUUCGUGCUGCGAGACACAGAUUCGCGUUCCGCCAUGCUCCGAAACACGAACAACAUCAAGCAGUGGAUGAAAAAUUACGACUACGAUAAUCAUCGACGUGGAUAUAAAAAGAAAUGAACAUUGAAUUGAUUAUUUAAAAAAAUAAAAACAAAUUGCAAACAGUUGAAUAUGAUAUGAAUAAAGAAAAGAAGUUUAAAUUUUUAAUCCGUCUCGUUCGUAAGAAUGUGUCAUAGAUAGGCAGUCGCAGAGAGAGAAGAGAA